CCUCCGCCAUCUUGAGAUUAGCGCGUUGAGAAAGCAGUUGAGGAUCAGCUCGCCGUUAGACAAAAAUGAACGACCAGCUUUGUAAACUUUUUGUCGGUGGGCUAAACGUGGACACCGAUGACGAUGGCCUGCGCAAGCAUUUCGAGCAGUACGGUACACUCACCGACUGCGUUGUCGUCGUAAACAAGCAGCUGCAGCGAUCUCGCUGUUUCGGCUUUGUGACCUACUCUACACCAGAGGAGGCCGAUGCAGCAAUGGCGGCUAGGCCGCACACCGUCGACGGCAACGCUGUCGAGGUGAAGCGAGCCGUGGCAAGAGAAGACGCCAACAGGCCAGAGGCACUCGCAAAGGUGAAGAAAAUCUUUGUAGGAGGACUGAAAGACGACAUCGAAGAGGAGCAUCUGUCCGAAUACUUCUCACAGUACGGUCAAAUCGAGAAGGCCGAAGUCAUCUCGGAGAAGGAGACCGGAAAGAAAAGGGGGUUCGGGUUUGUUUACUUCAACGAUCACGACGCAGCCGAUAAGGCGGUUGUGGUAAAGUUCCACACCGUCAAAGGACAUAAAGUUGAAGUGAAGAAAGCCCUGACCAAGCAGGAAAUGCAGGCAGCCAGCAGAAACGCUAUGGCGCCGAGGGGUAGACCAGGUAGAGGCAUGAGGGGAAAUCAAAAUGGCUACGGCAGCAGGGACUACGGCGGAAACUACAACUACGGAAAUGGCGGAGGCUACAACUGUGGCGGCUACGGAGGGUAUGGCGGACCUUAUGGGGGUGGCUAUGGAGACCAAGGAAGUGGCUAUGGAGGUGGAAACGGCUACAAUGAUUUUGGCAGCGGCUAUGGCCAGCAUUCUUCUGGUUAUGGCCCCAUGAAAGCGCCCCCCUUUGGUCAGAGGAGCGCUGCGCCCUACUCUAGAGGCGGUGGCGGCGGCGGCUACCCGAGGGGGGGCUACGGCGGCGGCUACUAAAUGAAACUGUAGAGUGGAAAAUCAGCUACCCCACCCCCUUUCACAGCUUACCUCCAGCCGGGAUUCGGACGCUCAACUCAAAUUCAGUAACGGGGCUUCUGCCGCGAAAUCCAACAGCGGCAGAGAUAGGACACAGAGAUCCCCCCUAAUCAUAAUGAAGACCUCAAAAACCCAAACAGGUGUUCUUACUCGUAUUCCAGUAGGCUAUCCCAGCCAUAAUAGCCGUAGCAGUUUGUUUUAGGCUACAUCAGGACCCUGUUGAUUACCUGGGGUCGAUUGUGAUAGGAGUCUGAAACAUAUCUCUUUAGGAUAUCCACAUCCAGCAAACUAGGUUGCUACGGUAACCUGGGUAACAUCACCCCGAACACGAUGGGGGGGACCGGAGAGUGGUUGUGCCUUCUCUCCCUCAGGUGAAGUCAGUUUUCACAAAGGAUUCCCCAGUGUGGUCAAAUUGCAUUUGGAAGGGUUGUCAUUUAAUUUGGUGGGUUUAAAAAGUUUGCGGGUCUUUUUGCAGGGUUCCUACACAGUAAGUAAAUGUGUAGAUUUUUAUUUAUUUAUUUUUUUAAACAGUGUGUACUAAGAUUCCCCACAUGCCCCAUACCUGUAAGAAAUCUGGACAUGACGUGAUCAGAUUAGUUUGUGAAGAUGUGGCAAUAUUGUUGAAUGGUGCACAUAACAACCAAUAAUAAAAUGUGUAGGAACCCUGCCUUUGAUAACACAGUGCCCCGGUGCUCGUUAGUGCUCUUAUUCUCAGUGAGUAGUGGAGAUGUGAUUUCUGAACAACACGCCAAAUUAUGCAAGAGUUUUCCAACCUUCUUGUUCUGUGGCCACUUAAAAUGAACCUAAUUGUCUAAUUGGUGUGGACAUGAGUGACGAUUGAAGACCACUGACCUCAGUGCUGAUGCCCAGGAAGAGUGAGUUUGCACUUUGGGCACUGUGAGUUUCAAAAUAUGCUAAGUAUUUGAUUAUAUUGUUUGUUUUUCUACAAUAUGGCUGUCAUUUUCCACUUUAGCCCUACCUGAAAUAAAAUAGGUGGUAAAGAGGUAAAUGCAUUUGAGUGUAAAUCUUGUGUAACUUUUUAAAUUUUUGUGAGGUGUUAAUGAAUUGUGAAUUACUCAGUUGCUGUGCAUUUGGGCCACAAACCCAAUAGGGGCUUAAUAUACACCUGGACUUGUAAGCAUUUCUACAGACUUUGAAGACAAGGAAUAAUGAGGUCAUAUGUUGAAAAGCUCCAGAUAAGAUGAUCCUUUAUUAGUCCCAGAGUGGGGAAAUUUACAUUCUCACAGCAGCACAUGGAUAGCAAAUAUAGAUAAAAAAUAGAAUGAAAAUAUACCGAGUAAGGGAAUAUUUCCACCAAAUAUUUUUUAAAUAACUGUACAAAAACAUAGUAUUUAACAAUUAUUUACAUUCACAAUAAUAAGUUAUGUAUUGCAUUUAGGAAAUGGGGGGGGGGGGGGGGUUAUUGCACUGUGGCAUAUUGAAGUUCGGUUUGUGGUGGAGUCCAUGGGGUCUGCUCAGUUGUAGCCUACAGUCUCUCAGCAGUGGGAAAGAAGGACCAGCAGUAGUCAUAGUAAGGAGACAUAAGCAUUGAAGUUACUCACUAGAUGUCUAUUGCACUUACUUGUACAAGACAUCUUCAGUGCUCAUGAGAGUUUUGAAAUAUUUAGUUGCCAAUGUUAGUUAUCCCACUAAACCUAAGGAAAUUAUAUUCUAUACGAUGUGUAAAACUUUUUUUAACUGGAAUAUCUCCUAAAAGUCAGAUCUAUAAAAGACAGGACCAAACAGCAGCAUCUUUUAGCAGCACCGUUUUAAAAUAGGUUUGCUGAUAUCUCACCAUCACGGUGUAGUGACAUAUCUGCAGGCUGAGUGAUGCAGACGGUGGGGUUGAGACGGGUGAUGUAGCAGACUUGUAAAUGGCAUCACUGUAAUCAAUCUGCUGCCAUUUAAACUGGGACUUUAGCCUGUGUGUAAAGCUUUUUACGCACAUUUAAGUGUAAAUUUUAAUGUCUUUGCAAGAUAUUCAACAUGUGUCCAAGUCACAAUUUCCAGGUACUUGAACUUAUCAGUACACUGAAUAAGAAGGGUAUUGAUGGAGCGGUUUGGUGCCUUUGUUUGGCCGGGGGGGCACAAAUCAUUGUUUUAGGGUGAAUUUGAGCGCAAUUGCGGAUCUGAGAGCAUGCUGAAAUCUACAGAUAUGGAAAGAUUAGUUAGUUAGUUAAUCUGCAGCUUGUUUCUUCAGUGUCUGUAAAUUAUAGAUUGGUAUCUGAGUAAAAAAAAUGUAAGAUCUGCUAUGACAGCAUAACAUAAAUCAUUUGAAGAGAACAGGUGCUGUUGCUGUUUAUAUGUAAUGAAAGGUCCAGAGAUAAGUUAAUUAUCUAAUGCAGGUGAUAUUUACAUUGAACUUGCUCUGAAACACAUUGGCCUGAGAAUUUCUAUUAACAAAAUAUUUUUUCCACUUUGAAAUUCAGAAAACCCAGAAAGCACAGCUUAUGGCAAAUACUCGGGUUACUGAGUUUUCGUCAGUUUUAUUAUUGUUUUCGGUGUUCAGGGCUGCCAACCAAAGGUUUAUCUAUUUACCUAAAAAUGCAUUAUUGUUGGUGAGGUCUCUGUGUUAAGUCAGUGUGGAUUUUUAUUUCAUUGGUAAGUUUAAAGGAAGCUGCCUGUUCCUGUUCUGAUUGUACUGUGACAGUCCAGGUGUCCCAGUGUGAAACAAGUACUGUGUUUAAGUGAUACUUGACAUGACAACGGGAGUGUAAAUUUCACUUUUGUUCUCUUACCUUUUAUAGGAUAUUGGUGUUUGAUGAUUCCUGACCCUUCCAUAGGAAAAGGAAAUGUUAUGUUGGCCGUGCUUUUUUUUUAAAAAAAAAUCUCCAAUAAAUAUAUAUAUUUCAUACAA